UUGAAGAUUUUCCAAGCAAACCCAAUAUCUUAGUUAUUUGCAGACCACACUUCAGUUUACUUUAUGCUAUCAUUGCUCUGUCAAACGUUGGGUUCUAAGAAUUCUCCCUUCCUUUCUAACAAUUACAGUUAAGGUUGUGAUUUUGAUAUAUUUUGUGUUAUGAUACUGUGCUGUCUUUGGAUUUCCAUAACCAGUGGCUGGAACCACGGAUGUUAGUGCAGCUACCUUUCUAUUUUUAUGAUUAUUUGGUAACGAAAGACUUAACUUGCAAAGUUCAUUCUUUGAACGUGACCAAGUGGUGGAGAAUAUAAUAAAAUAUUUUAAUUUACAUAUUAUUAUCUCAUAGACUUAGUAGACAUAAUGCAUAUAAUUUAAUCUGAUAUAAAUGAUAAUACUAGACUACUGCGUGUAUAAAUAGUAUGUAUUAUUGAACAUGCAUUCCUAAUAUGAUUAUGAGAUUCAGUAAUAUAGCAAGAGAAUGCUCUUCUCUUUGUAAUCUGUAUUUUUUAAUUUUCUUUUGUUGCGUCUUUUCUUAUGUGUUAUUCCAGACAGCUAUAGUCGACUCCUUCCUAGAUAGGUCCUAAUGGUUGAUGGGUUAUACCCAGUGACCUGGUGACUUUUUUACUUCUUGUCAAAAGAUCAAAACAAGUUCAUUUUCUAUUUUCUUUAUUAUGGGGAUUUAAAUUUUAAAUUUUAUAUGGUGUCUUUAUGUCUGAAUAAGGAUUUAGUGUGUGACUUUUUUAUCUGACGUAUACUCAACAUAGAAGAAUCAAAGGAUUACCCAGAUGGUGAGGCACUCAUUUUUGGAUGUCCACAGAAUUAGAAGAAUUAUUAUGCAUUUAGUGUUAUUAAUUCCUUCCUCGAGUCUCCUUCAAUAUCGUAAACAAAGAGGUUCUAAGGUGCCACCUAAUGAUGUUCUGCAAUCACCUCCAACCUCAAAUAAUCCUAGCAGUGAUCAUAUUGAACAGGCCACCCACCCAAAAACAAGCUCUACCAAUGAAGACAGAAAUUCGUGUCAGAUCACAUUUGGUAGUUAUUGCCUAUGGCAACAAGAACAUAGACAAGAAAUGAAAGAGACACUGAUUAAGAAAUUGAAAGACCAACUAUUUGUGACUAGAGCUUAUUAUCCUAGCAUUGCAAAACUCCCAGCAAAAGAUAAAUUGUCUCGCCAACUGAAACAGAAUAUACAAGAGAUGGAGCACAUGCUUAGUGAAUCUACCUCAGAUGCUGAUCUUCCACCAGUGGCUGAGAGUUAUUCAAAGAAGAUGGAAAAUACAAUAAGCAGAAUAAAAUCAGUCCCUGUGGAAUGCACCAAUGUGGACAAGAAAUUGAGACAAAUAUUUGAUUUGACCGAGGAUGAAGCCAAGUUCCACAUGAAACAGAGUGCAUUCUUGUAUAAACUUAAUGUGCUGACAAUGCCGAAGAGUCUUCACUGCCUGUCACUGAAACUAACUGUAGAAUAUUUCAAAUCCCCACAAUACGACGAAAAAGCUAACGAAGAGAAGUUUACUGAUUCUUCCUUGCAGCAUUAUGUUAUUUUCUCUAAUAAUGUGCUUGCAGCUUCAGUAGUAAUCAACUCCACUGUAUUUCAUGCAAAAGAAAGUUUGAAUCAGGUUUUUCAUGUGUUGACUGAUAGAGAAAACUAUUAUGCAAUGAAGCUCUGGUUCUUGAGGAACCAGUUUAAAAAAGCUGCUGUUCAAGUGGUGAAUGUUGAGCAGGACAGCCAAAUGGAAAAUCCAUUGCCUCUAUCCUUGCCUGAGGAGUUCUGGGUUUCAUUUCGUGGUUAUGAUAAUCCAUCCACGAACCAGAUUAGAACGGAAUACCUUUCAAUUUUUUCUAAUUCCCACUACUUACUUCCUGAUUUAUUCAGCAAUUUGAAGAAAGUUGUGGUUCUGGAUGAUGAUGUUGUUAUACAGCAAGACUUAUCUGCUUUGUGGAACAUAGACUUGGGAGAUAAAGUUAAUGGUGCAGAGCAGUUCUGCUCAGUAAAGCUGGGUCAACUGAGAAGUUAUCUGGGCGAGAAAGGUUUCAGCCACAAUUCCUGUGCAUGGAUGUCGGGGUUGAACAUAAUUGACCUGGGGAGGUGGAGAGAACUUGGUCUGACUCAAACUUACAAAAAGUUGAUAAAAGAGUUGACCGUGAAAGAAGGAUCUGCUGAAGGUAUUGCAUGGCGGGCAAGCUUGCUCGCCUUUGAGAAUAGAAUACAUCCACUGGAUAAGUGGGUUGUGUCUGGACUAGGUCAUAAUUAUACCAUUGAGUCUCAGUCCAUUAAGACAGCUCCGGUGCUACACUAUAAUGGGAACAUGAAACCUUGGCUUGAUCUGGGAAUUCCACAGUAUAAGAGCUAUUGGAAGAAGUUUCUGAACAAAGAGGAUCAGCUUUUAAGUGAAUGCAAUGUAAAUUCAUAAUAAGUUAUGGUUCCUAUGUAAGCUUGCAUGUUUUGGAAGUUGUAGGGUUGAGCUCUUAAGAAACAAGAGGAUGCCUGUGCUUUGGGUGCUCAAUUUUGUGAUCUAGUUUUCAAAGGGGUUUUGUGGAAAAGGUGGUGAUGAGAUUGACACACCAAUUAUAAAAUUAAUCAGUCAAUAAGGAACCUGGAAACUUCCCUGCAUUUCUGGCAAAAGGAUCAAGAAAUCUGAGUAGCCUCACUGUUUUCGAGAUAGCUAAUUGGUGUUGAGGUUUUCCCCCACUGUGCUGGUGGGCACUAUGAAGAUUUAUACAUGAGCAAGGCUGGUCCAUGAAAAAUAACUCAAUAUAAAGACAGUAAUUGUUUGUUUCAAGAUUUUAUUAUUCUACAUGAUGUAAAUUAUUCGUAGCUGUGAAACAGGUAGAGCUAUUUGUUCUAGUUCUUUGCUUCAUAAUUUGCCCCAUGUUUUUUCUAUUCGAUGACAAGAAUGUUGUCCAACAGCUCUAUAAAAGAAAAAGUAACAAUUUUGUCCUCUA